AUGUCUAAACUCGAGAGGAGAAUGCGAGAAAGGCAGGAAGCCUCAGACCCUCAGCCGCCAAAGAGGGCAAAGACGGACGUGCAGACGGACUCGCCGGAGGCCACACUAGAUCGGGAUGCUCUAAGUGAGUACUUCACGAAGGGGAUUGCUUUGGCGAAUCCCGAUAGGCGUAUACACGAACGCAUGUUGAAGAUUACGGACUUGGUACUGCGUCACUCGAUAGAUCAGAUAAAGGCCCUGCUGCGGUCUCGAAGUAUCACAAACGUGCUUAUGCGCAUUGAGUUGGACGGUAGCAGCAGAGGCAUACUCGGGAAAGGGGAAGCAGGUCGUGAAGUCUGGCAUGGUUCCAAAUGGAUGAUAUUCGAUGGGCUUUUCGAGUGGGGGCCUUCCGAUAAACGUGGAAGUGUCAAGCUGCCACUACCGACUGUCUUGUAUCCACCAUCAAGACUGAAAAAGAAGGGCCUGAUCGACGCAGCUACGAUUGCAGCGGCGGCACAAGAUGGGUUUUUGCCACCGCAGCCACUACCUGUCUCUGAAGCUUUUGAUGUCGCCGCGCUACUCUAUGACAUCAUCGACGUGAAAGGCCUUGUCGAGGCGACGCCACCGGGAAAGAUUGUCAUCCUGCAGCCAGCGACGGAUAGUGGUGGGUCCACUCUCAAUCAGCACCUCUUCUUCAUGAAUAUACUGGAGGAAAAGGCACAGGGGCGCUUCAUCGUUUGGCCGAUGCGUUGCCGUAUACAUCAAGGCGCCAUAGUGGGAAAAGAGACUGCGCAUUUCUUCUUGCAGGUCAUGAAGAUUAUUCCAAAGAAUUGGGAUAAGAAAACCCACUUGCAGUGCAAGACGAUGAUGCACAAGAGGGCGGACGUGUCGGCUGCACUUUCUGCGGAGUUGAACUUCCGGGUUACACCGGUAGAGGAAAAGCCUGAGGAGCAGGAGACGCUUCAGUCUUUGCUGAAGCGCAUGGCGGUUGGUGAAGCUGUUCUAAAGGUUUUGAAAGAUGCAAGAAAGGACGCUGAUUCACUCCCGUGCCAAAAGAAGAGCGUUCCGCAAGUGCGAAAAGCGAUAGUUGGUCUCAGUGCUGGAUUCGCCAAACCGUCCUGGACCCGAUGGCUAUCAUUUUCACGCGGCAUGGCUAAGCUUGUGGUCUUAUGGGUAUUUUGGCUUGUGGAGUUGUCUAUUCGUAUGUGGGGUGACGGGCGCAUCAGAAUCAAAGAUGAAGAAGUGCCUAACCCCUAUGUUGCGAUUCGAAAAAGCGGACACGAGUUGGAGUAUUUACUUUCGAUGUUGAUCAUCACGAAAAUCCUUGAGCCUGUUGAGAAGGAUACGGCGAUAUAUCUUCGUGGAGACAAGGUGAAGAGGUCGGAGCGGGUCGCGAAGUUUUGUUCGUGUUUUAAGCAGGCGGAAGAAUGGCUCCGAACCAACGAGAUCGAUCGUGAGGCUUCUCUGAUUUUAGGUCGUGCACUCUCAGAGACGGAGCAGGCGCUUUUGGUACUUAAAAGUAGCCCUUUAGAUCUUUAGAUGUGCACUGUUUCUUUAUGUGUAUGCUACUUAACCUGCGCAGCGAUUCGCAUUAGAUGUUAAAGUGUGACUAUCCGACAUAGCCACUGCGUCGUCUAUGCGUUGCUUCGUGUUGAAUCAGGUCCGACCGAUGCGUCACGCCGCUCAGCUCGCACUGGUGGCGAUGCGUCUAAAUUGGGAGUUCAGGAUGGGGGAUUUUCGUGAUUCACAUGAGGAAUGGCUGUCGCGUUUUCGGGAGGGGAAAGAGUCGUAUGCGUCCCUCCAGGCUUUGGAUUUAGAGCGCACCAAAGUAUUCAACUUCGGGAAUCUUGCUCUACGCUCCCUCCGUAGCUUUCUCAACGCUUUGCCUGACGGCUUUAGUAAGGAGAAGAAGCUCCGACAAAUCGCGGACCGCCUAGACGAGGAAGUGUGGCAUAAUAAGGCAGGAGAAACGAAGGUUGGAGAUGUGAAGCGGGAGGCGCGACGGUAUGGCCAGUGGCGAAAUAUGUCAACUAUAAACUGCCACGCAGUUCGAAAGGAGUUCUUCUAUGGCAGGAGGACAAACGACGUCACAAAAAAAGAGCAGUCAGCGGCCAAAGAGAAAGCAAAGCGAUACCUGCACCAGCGUGGGUGUGAUAUUCUUCGCGGUCGCAAGAUGCUGGCGUCCGAGAAAGAGACUCAGGGGGAGAAGGUCAUUGCAAGCAACAAGUAUGCUAACGAGGACGAGCGAAAGCAAGCGCGUGUUCUGGCGUUGGCAGCCCGACAGGCAGCAGCAACGCAAACUGCUGAUUCGGGUGUAGAUGCUGACGAAGAGGAGGAGGCAGCACCGGCUCCACGCGACGAAUACACUAUGCAACAAGAGACGGACUUCUAUAAUGCUGUGGAAGAAUCUGUUCGGGCUGAGUAUCCUAGUAUCCCGAUCAGCGACGCGAAGAAAGGCCUGGAGCAGAGGUCCAAACGAUGGAUGCAGCCGCUGUCUUUGAAGCCGCGGGAUAUCACAGUGGUUCGCCGGUACAGAUCACGAGUGGAAAGAGCAGUCUGUCGCGCAGUCCGUCUGCGUAACAAGAUUCUAAAGAAGAAGGCAGUCGAGACUGAUGACAUUUAUCUUCCGAGCGACGAUGGAAACCCUGACGCGGUGGGUGUGGCAAGCGAUGAGAGCGACUCGUCCGAAUCAGAGGCGGACAUUGAAGAAGCGGACCGUGCGGAAAUUGCUCCAUGCACUACUCCUGCUUAUAUUAUACGGCUAAAGGUGAGGCAAGCUGAAGAGGAGGAUAGCAGAGCAGAUCGCUUUGCAGAUGAUUUCGUUUUUAAAUGGUAUGUCGUUGUCCGUGUGGACCUGCAGGACGUGGAUUUUAGUGCUGUCGAGUUGCUAGAGCAUCCAGGAAUGAUUUGCCCGACCUACAGUCUAACUUCGAACUAUUUCCAUAGUCCACAGCCUGGGGCGAUUGAUAUGGACGACGAUUCAGCGCGAUUGUAUGUUGCAAGUAUUGCCGGCCUACCUUGGAAUGAGGUCCGUUUGCAGUGUGGGAAGGCUAUUGAUGUCUUAUAUGCAGAAGACAAAAGCGCAAUGGAGAAAACAAUCCUGGCAAACGCACCCAUGUCAAAACUCGAGCGGCGAAUGCUUGAGGCGGCGCGAGCUAAGUCUGCUGCUGGAGUCAGCGGCAGCUUGAAGAGUGGAAGCAGUAGCAGAGAGGGUGGCGCUAUUCGCAUUGUGGACGCGCCUGGGCCGAAACUUGUGCUCCCUAAAGCGUCUUCAUCGACGAAGCGGCCGAAUUCACCGUCGAAACGACUCCCAGAUGCACCAGCUGCUCCUGUGAAGUUGCUCCAUGAGACGAUCACAGCCGAUGUCGCGCACGAGCAGCAAGUGGCCCGGCGAGCUAUAGACGAAGACAUCAGCGACUUGCAGGUUGAGGGGUUCACUAUAAGGGAUGCUUCGUCGGUUGACACGUACAAAAGGACUGGAAGAUUCGCGGACAGGUUGAUGUGCAUCCCGGACACGCGAAUAGCAGACGUCUUGACAGACUUUCUAAUGUCGGAAGUCAUCGAUUUAAAGUGUCAGGCUACCGUUUCCCUGCAUAGGUAUGCCAGCUUCGACGAAGGUGAGCACCGGAAAGCUGCGCUGUUGCUUGCUCUAUGGGCGUUGCGUGUUAGGUUUGUGGCAGACAGGAUCUCCAAGUAUGCUCAGGACCGGAGCUAUCGCAACCCGGAUCCGGAUUUACUGCAGCGCAAAUACCUUAGUGUAGUGCAGGACAUCACACGGAAAUCAAAGAUACUAGAGGGGACGCGAUUGAUGGCAGGAAAGAGAAGGGUGAUGCUCAGGCUAGACGAUGCUCUGUGUAGACGGUUAGACCCAAAUGCCGCUGUGCCUGAGUAUGUCGAUUCAUAUCGUGACUCUUAGAAGUUUUUGCCAAUGUUCCUUUAUGUUAUAGUUUUAGAAAAUGAAAAAUGUACAAUUCAAGUGCUUAAGCGGGUUUUACUAGAAACUGCAUGGGGCUACGUUGUAUAACGUAGUGUCUUGAUGUCUUCGUGUAUAGUAUAGAUUUUUUAGAUUCAUGAGGCAGCAUGUGUUUUGUAUAGUGGAUUCAGCAUAGAGUUUCUGGGUCUGGGGUCUUGGUCAUAAUUAUUAUGGUAUAGAUAUUCUGAAAGUUUUAUGGGCGCAGCAGUAUCUCGAGUGCAGUGUGCAGGGGGCCCAGUCGUCGGAGGGAGAUUCUCAGUCCAGAAGUGUAGCUCCCAGCUUUUUAUAUGACAGCGGGACUUUUUCCAUGCAAAAACUCCGUGGGGCUCGCAGCAAAAACUAUCAGAUUCGCCUGCAAAACCCGGCGGCGCUGGUCGCAAAACUGGGGGGGGGGCAGGGCGAAAUUAUUCCGGUGGGUCAAAUCCCUGUGCGAAACCCCAUACCCCGUGCUGAAAUAACUUUUGUAAGGGCGGUUCUUGCUGAGGUUUUUUCAGACAAUCUAGACCCGCCGGUCCAAAUUUUUUCUGAGCCUGAACCCGGCAAAAAUGGCGGGGGCCAGAAAUGAGAAGUGCAGGUCCAAACUGUGCCAUGGGAGAGUCCGGGUGGCUAGAUAGCGGGGUGACAGGAUGGGAGUAGCAGCCGAGGGACGUGGCGUGUCUGAAGUAAUUCAGAGGCACUUGUGUAAAGUAGAUUGCUAAUUGGAUCAGUCCUUCUAUUGUACAGCAUCAGAUGGCUCCAUCUCGUCGCAUCAUUUCGCUGCAGCUGCAGCAGAAGAAAUAGCUCUAUUCUUGGAGAUGUGUCAUAUUAUCGAGACAAGCAUACACUCUGCAUGCCGUGAGUUUAUGAAAUCAGUAAAGCCCGCAGUAGCAGAUGAAGGGUUGCUUUGUCUGUGAUUCUGAAGAGUUCCACCGGAAGAAGCGAGGACUAGUGUGGCUUUUUUUCAAUCGG